UUGCACCGUUAGUCAACCUCCGACCACUGUAGGCGCGGAGCCUGAACGUGGUUCUUCUGUGCGCAUAAGGCUGGCUUUCGUAACCUAAUGGCGGCCGCUUCUGCUGUCGCUAACAGGCGCUGGCCUAGUAGCUUAGGGUAGCUCGAUGGGACCUUAUAAAUCACGCGAAAAGCUUCGUUGGGGUCCACACGAUGUCCCACAGCCCCACACCCCGCCUGUGUUUUAAGGAGAACUUUUAUAAAUUUCUCUUAUCGCUGACAUGUUUGACUUCUACCCCGUUUCUAUAUAACUGUACUGCCCCGAUGAGAAUUUAUCGAAAGCUACGUAUGCUCGCCACGUCGUCUUCUGAUUACUGCUAUGGGAAUUUUCGCAACUCUAAAACUGUAAUCGUUGAAUGAACGCGAGUACGGCGACUCGCUCUUUGAUAAGCACUUAAGCAUGUUGGCCUGUCUAGUACGAACAAGGGAGGCAAGUUGAAGGGUCUGAGGGGGAGGAGGAGGAGGAGGAGGAGGAGGAGGAGGAGGAGGAGGAGGAAGAAGAAGAAGAAGAAGAAGAAGAAGAAGAAGAAGAAGAAGAAGAAGAAGAAGAAGAAGAAGAAGAAGAAGAAGAAGAAGAAGAAGAAGAAGAAGAAGAAGAAGAAGCGGGGGAGAAGGAGAAGGGGGAGAAGGAAGCGAGCAGGCAGACAAUUCAAAAUGACAGAUAG